CCUCAGGAGGGGUCAAGUCUCCUCUCUCAGACAGCAGAGAAGAAAGUAAGAUUUGUGUCACAGCCCCGAAGUCUUUUCCUCUCUGUCUCGUUGAUUGGAGAGUUAAUUGGUCAAGGUGCAGCACAGGAGCAGGAGAUGUUCUCCCGACUGAGAGCAGCCGCCGCCCCGUGCGCGAUGGCGCGCCGCGGCAUCCACAUGAAGGAGAAGGGGAAGCCACUGAUGCUAAACCCGCGGACAAACAAGGGAAUGGCCUUUACCUUACACGAGCGGCAAAUGCUUGGGCUGCAAGGACUUCUACCUCCUAAAAUAGAGACCCAGGACAUCCAAGCCUUACGGUUCCACAAGAAUCUGGCAAAAAUGACAGACCCCUUGGAGAAGUACAUCUAUAUAAUGGGCAUCCAGGAGAGAAAUGAAAAACUGUUCUAUAGGGUGUUACAGGACGACAUUGAACGGCUGAUGCCAAUUGUGUACACACCAACAGUAGGCCUUGCCUGCUCCCAGUACGGGCACAUCUUCAGGAGACCAAAGUUGUGUGUGGGGUGUUGUUUUUUUUUCUGUCCCCAGGCUGUUGUCGUCACUGACGGAGAAAGAAUAUUGGGUCUGGGAGACCUAGGAGUGUAUGGGAUGGGAAUUCCAGUAGGAAAACUGUGUUUGUAUACAGCCUGUGCAGGAAUACAUCCAGACAAAUGCUUGCCUGUGUGCAUCGACGUUGGAACUGAUAACACAACACUCUUAAAAGACCCGUUUUACAUGGGCCUGUACCAGAAGAGGGAUCGCUCGCAGGUCUACGAUGACCUGAUUGAUGAAUUUAUGGAAGCCAUUACAGACAGGUAUGGCCAGAACACGCUUAUCCAGUUUGAAGACUUUGGAAACCACAACGCUUUCCGUUUCUUAAGAAAAUACAGAGAGAAAUACUGCACCUUCAAUGACGAUAUCCAAGGGACAGCUUCAGUGGCCUUGGCAGGACUGCUGGCAGCACAGAAGGCCACUGGCAGACCACUUACAGAGCAGAAGGUGCUGUUCCUUGGGGCAGGAGAGGCUGCCCUGGGAAUUGCAAACCUCAUUGUUAUGGCUAUGGUGGAAAGUGGUGUUUCUGCCGAGGAAGCCUACGGAAGGAUAUGGAUGUUUGACAAACACGGUUUGCUGGUCCAGGACCGAGAACAAAAGGUGGAUUCCAACCAAGAACCGUUUACACACCGGGCUCCAGAGCAGAUACCAAAGACGUUUGUAGAGGCGGUUACUGUUGUUUCUGUAAUUUUAGGAGUGGCGGGGGCUGGGAGGCUCUUCUCCCACGAGGUGAUCAAAGCCAUGGCUGCCAUCAACGAUCGACCCAUCAUAUUCGCGCUGAGCAACCCCACGGUGAAGGCUGAGUGCACGGCAGAGGAGGCAUACACGUUAACAGAGGGCCGUUGCUUGUUUGCCAGUGGCAGUCCCUUUGACCUGGUGACUCUGAAGGACGGGAGGACCUUCAAGCCCGGCCAAGGAAACAACGCUUACAUUUUCCCAGGCGUGGCUCUGGCUGUGAUCCUCAGCAGCGUCCGGCACAUCAGCGACAAGGUUUUCCUAGAGGCUGCUAAGGCACUGGCGGAACAGCUGAGUGAUGAAGAGCUUGCACAAGGAAGACUUUACCCUCCACUGUCCAAUAUCAGGGAAGUUUCUAUUUCUAUUGCUGUCAAGGUGAUGGAGUUUUUGUACGCCAACAACAUGGCUUUCCACUACCCCGAGCCCGAGGACAAGAACCGCUACGUCCGCUCCAAGGUCUGGACCUACGAGUACGAGUCCUUCAUGCCAGACGUGUACGACUGGCCCGAGUCCAAGGUCCACUGAGGCACCGCCGCGUCGCACUCCUCAGGCAGCACCUGAUACUCUGCAGGGAUCCCAUUUUUCAGACCAACUUAAAUCAUAAUCUCUAAUUUAUUUUCGCUCGUUUCGUUGUCUUUCCCCCCCCUCCCGGCCCCCUCUUUACUCUGUUUUUUUUUCACUCCGCGUUGCUUUCCCCCCCCCCCCCCCCCCCUUCCCCCCCCCCCCCCCCCCAGUUCACCUGUUAAACUGUAUGGAUGAUGGCAUCCUGCCACAGGGAUGAGAGAGCCCUCCAAAAUGAAUUUGAACGAUGACAUUGUAUUUCUAGCUUAGAGCCAGCGCCACACCGAAGAAUUCCAUUAAUGAUGUUUUAGCCAAACGCGUUUGACGAUGAGCUUAUGGCUCUCCCUCAUCGCUGCCUGAUCUCCCGAAUGAUUUAUUUCUGCCUUUAAUAAUCAGUCUUCUAAUUGCCCUGGCGUGGUCACGCUGUGACAUCAACAGAGAGCACUUGUCAAAAAAAAAAAA